CAUGGGAUCCAGGGGGAGAAGCUCAAGUGCCUUUUCCAUUAUUUCCGUGCAUGAACUUGAAGAAACCCGAAGACGAGACCCUCGGACUUUCCACCGGCAUUUUAUACCUUAUCAAUCGCUCCCGGAUUGGCACAAAUCCAAAAAGCAACUCACCGAAUUGCACAUUAACGCCAAAGGCACGAUCGAAGACGACGGUUUUGGGAUGCUCCAGGUAGACUUUGCCAAUGCAUUGGUUGGGGGUGGUGUCCUGGGCCAUGGUUGCGUCCAGGAGGAGAUUCGGUUCUUGAUCUCGCCGGAACUGAUCUUGUCUCGCCUUUUCACUGAAAGGCUCAGUGGAAACGAAUGUCUGGUUGUGACCGGGUUCGAGCGGUUUUCCAAAUACUCGGGCUACGCCAGUUCCUUCAAGUUUGAUGGAGCUUACCACGAUGACACGCCCAUCGACAAGGGCUCAAAGCACCGUAAGACGCGAAUGGUUGCCAUCGACGCCCUUCCCCCGGGACAUUCCUCGAGUCAGUAUUCACCACAAAAUGUGCAACGCGAGCUGAAUAAGGCAUUUGUGGGCUUUAAGAAUUACAAUCCCAGCGUCAAAAAUCCCGUGGCCGUGGCCACUGGGAAUUGGGGAUGUGGUGCUUUCGGUGGGGAUCCGCAAUUAAAAGGCCUGCUUCAAAUUAUGGCAGCUUCUGAAGCCAGAAGAGAUGUAGCCUACUUCACGUUUUCGAAUCGCAAACUUCGCGAUCAGAUCCACGAAAUGCACACGCUGCUGAAAAGCCGGAAAUUAACCGUGGGUCAAAUUUGUUCAAUGAUUUGCCAAUACCACAUUCAUUGCACAGAGGAAAGCUCCCUGUACGAGUUCAUUCAAAAUCAGCUCAAUUGUUGUUUUGGGACAAAUCGGAAAGUCCCUGCGAAAGGAAAAAAGACGCCAAAGAAGGCCACGCCUCAGACCGAUAAGAUCACUGGAGUGUGCACUGGAAACAAAACGACUCAGGCUGAAGCGACAACAAGUGCGCUCACUUCACCCACCAACAAAUCUACAAAGGUUGAGCCAACUGAAGACCCGCUUCCAAGGGCAAAAUCUAAUAAGGAAAUUAUCACGGGUUGUUGUAUUUCGAUAGAAGGAAACCCUAAACAAGAAAACGUUCAAGACAACACGGAGAGUUUGGCCAAGGCAGAUGUACGAAAGGAGGCCAUGGAUGUGGAUGAGGCCGAUAUAAUUCCACUUGGUGAUUCCGUUGAUUCGUCUGGGACAAGAGAUGAAGAUUUGAAAAGGGAUCGUUAAAGACAUGUACUGUUUUCAAAAUGGAAUUGUUUUUGUUUGCUUUGAAAAGGCAUUCGAUAAACGCUUGUGAGAAAAGGAGUAAACGAAAUGAAAGAACUAGA